GUAGAUUUAAUAAACCUUUAAUUGUUAGUCAAAGUCUUUAAUUGACAAUUAAAGCUAAUUAGUUUUCUCAAUUGAGCAGCUUCAGAAUUCCUGAACCAAAAAGCUAUAGUUUCACUAUGCUCUAGAGGCAGUAUCUUUGGGUCUAGGUUUUUCUUUUGGACAAUCUUUCUCCAUGUGAGUAUUGAGCACGGUUUCCCAACACAUAGGGAUCACUUUGUGGUCAGUGCCAAAGAAGAGAAAAAAAGGCCAAUCCAUUUGUUACUCAACACCAAUAUUGAGUAUAUAUUGACACAAGCCAAAAGAAUGAGGCCCUUCUUAUUUUCUAUCUAAAAAACUUGAUUUGCUAUCUUUUCUUGUCAUCACAUCCUGCAAGUAUAAGAUUUUUCCCCUUGAAAGUCUGAUCAAACAAUAGAGAAAAACAUGGGAUUCAGAUAUCUUCGUCUCAAGCUCAAGGUUUUCCGGCUAAAACGGAUUCUGCUACGACUUGCAGGCAGGAAGAGAAAGCUAUUGCCAGCAAAGAAGCCUUCAUGGAUGACGCCGGUAACACAUGGUUAUCGUGUGGUGCAGCAUCAUGUGAUCAGAGAUGGCUCUGAUGACUCAGACCUUGAUUCAGUGGUGGUCCAAAGAGAGCAAAUUGAUCACACAGAACUGUGGUAUUUUGGAAUAUUUGAUGCACUGAUUGGAGACAGGGUUACCAAGUACAUGCAAUCCCAUUUAUUUGGCAAGAAGCUUCAAGAGGCUCAUAUAAGGAGAAAAGGUAAAGAAACUCUGAAGAGAGCUUACCUGGGUGUAAGGGCAAAGAUCAAACAGGAACAGAAAUCAGAAGAGACAUCCAGAAUGGGUUCAGCAUCUGCUAUGGUAAUCAAUGGAGAAAAACUUGUGAUAGCCACCAUGGGAGAUUACAGAACUGUAGUGUGUAGAGAUGGCAUAGCUUAUGAGACAACCAGCACAUACAACCAAUCAGCCAAAACACAUUGGUCUCGCAGGCUCUUUGCAGGUAAUACAGCAUAUACAAGGCAUUUUAGAGGCCCAGAGCUUGUUAUCAGAGGUGAAAGCAUUGAUUCAGAUACUGAGUUUUUAAUAUUAGCAAGCAGUGGCAUAUGGGAGGUAAUGAAGAACCAAGAGGCUGUGAAUCUGAUCAGUCACAUAGAGGAUCCACAAGAAGCAGCUGAUUGUUUAGCAAAGGAAGCUUUAAUUAGAAUGAGCAGAAGCAACAUUUCAUGCUUAAUCAUUCGUUUUGACUAAAAUGUAUACCAAAGCUACUUACAGCAUUGACCCUUUAUUACAUUACUGCCGAUCAUAAUCUAGCUAUCUGCAGAGAUUUCAUGAUCCA